CAUCGGUGGGCGCGGUGAGUCAGGCAGUGCGGGGCGGAUGUUGCGAGUGGAGGGGAGCGGAAGUGGUCCAGUCCUUCCAGGCGGCAGAGGGGCCCGUAAGCGAACAUGCCGAUUGUAGAGAAGCUGAAGGACGCCCUGAAGCCUGGUCGGAAGGACCCCGACGAUGUGGAACUCGGGAAGCUGCUCACGUCCUCCGCCAAGAAGAUCCUUCUGCAGAAAAUCGAGUUUGAGCCGGCCACCAAGAGCUUCCAUUACCAACUGGAGACCUUGAAGAGCAAAUAUGUCCUGCUGGCUCCAUCGCUGCAACCCUCCACUCCGCACAAGAGUAUAGAGGGUAACCACAGGCAGGGCAAUGACUUGGCAUCGGGGGGAAUAGAUGGCAUCCCCGUUCCUCAGAAGAUGCUUUUCCCAAUGGAGAGGUUGUCUAUGAAGUGGGAGCGAGUGUCUAGAGUGGGGGCGGGCCUGCAGAAUCUGGGGAACACUUGCUUUCUCAACUCCACAGUACAGUGUCUGACCUACACCCCUCCUCUCGCCAACUACUUGCUGUCUAAGGAGCACAGCCGCAACUGUCAGCAGGGCGGAUUCUGUAUGCUGUGCAUCAUGCAAAACCAUCUCAUCCAAGCCUUUGCAAAUAGUGGAAAUGCCAUCAAGCCCAUCGCCUUCAUCCGAGAACUAAAGAGAAUUGCUCGUCACUUUCGAUUUGGGAGCCAAGAAGAUGCUCAUGAGUUCCUUCGUUAUACUAUUGAUGCCAUGCAGAAGGCCUGUCUGAAUGGAUAUGCCAAGUUGGAUCGACAAAGUCAAGCUACGACUUUGGUGCAUCAGAUAUUUGGGGGUUACUUGCGCUCUCGAGUGAAAUGCUCCGUCUGUAAGAGCGUGUCUGACACCUUUGAUCCAUAUCUGGACGUCGCACUGGAGAUACGGCAAUCGGCCAACAUAGUGCGUGCUUUAGAACUUUUCAUCAAGUCUGAUGUGCUGAGCGGAGAGAACGCCUACAUGUGUGGCAAGUGUAAGAAGAAGGUUCCGGCCACUAAAAGGUUCAGCAUUCAUCGGGCUUCCAAUGUCCUCACACUGUCGCUAAAACGAUUUGCUAACUUCAGUGGCGGCAAAAUAACAAAGGAUGUCGGUUACCCAGAAUUUUUGAACAUCCGUCCGUAUAUGUCUCAGUGCAAUGGAGACCCGGUUAUGUAUUCUCUCUAUGCAGUCCUUGUGCACUCUGGGUACAGCUGCCAUGCUGGACACUACUAUUGCUAUGUCAAAGCCAGUAACGGGCAGUGGUAUCAGAUGAAUGAUUCGCUUGUUCAUGCCAGUAACAUCAAGGUCGUUCUGAAUCAGCAGGCUUAUGUACUCUUCUAUCUGAGGCUUCCAGAAUCCAGAAAGAGUUUUGAUGGUUCGGCGUGUAAAGUGCCAAAUGCUCAAAUUUCUCGCCCAAGCUCUGUUCCUCCAACUAUCAAGAAGACGUUCUCUAAUGGUAGUCUGUCAUCCCCGCUGAUUGGGAAGAGACCAGACGGAGUACACGAGAAGAAGUCACCGAUGGAUGACAUUGGGGUUCCAGUGUGCCGUACAUAUCCUUUGGUCAGCAGCAAAGAACACAACGGAGUUCCCCGCCCUAGGCCCCUAAGUGCCAGCCCUUCUCCAAAGCUCAGCUCGAAAACCUCCUACUCUCCUUGUCUUUUGGAUGAUCACAUGAGUCGUGUGAAGAAAGCUGCCAAGUUCAAGGCAUCUCACGAAUCGAACGAAGCGAAAAUGCAAGAGGACCCCAAGUCUAGUUGGGAUACCACCAGCCUGAGCUCGAUAUCCACCUCCAAAACCUCCAACGAAAACCUUGACUCCCAGGAAGACGCCAACCAAAAACUGGAAGAGGUGAAAAAUGUAAAGCCGCAAGAACCACUCUUAAAUGAACAGGCUGUGCCCCUGGGCACCUCCGCCAUCAGGAAUGUUCCAUCGCCAUGCUGCAGCCCUCCUAUGGAAGCCGUUCGGACGGGGCCAAACUGCACUUUAAAGUCCAAGUCCCCCACCUUGGCCAGUGUGUGUGAAGCUUUGACGACCAUGUCGCCCCCACCCGCCAAAAAGCUGGCUCUGUCAGCCAAAAAGGGCAGCAUGCUGCAGAAGGGAAGCAGAAAUGACGUUUACUGCCCUCCGUCCCACUCCAUCACCACCACCACCGGCUCUGCUCAUCCCACCUCCGUCUCCCCUGGUCCCACCACACCCCAGCCGCUCCAUAAGCAUGGAGACUCUCUUCCAGCCUCAGACAGCUUCCCUGGGACUUGUGGUAACACUUUUAAACACAAAACAUUUAAACCUCAUGAGAAACACAAAAGUGAAGUAUCUCCUCAACAUUUCGCUCCAUCAGGGCCCCCAUCCAGCCUUUGCAAUACCCCCAAACGGACUCUUUUGCCCCAGGAACCAGCUGGAGACAGCUGCACCAGUACAGCACAGGACGGCAUCUCGGAGCAAAAGAGUCCGCUGCAUAUCAUCAGCUGCAAUGGGGACGGCCGGGUCAGAGAAGAAAGCAGCAUAAGGAAGAAACACAAGAAGAAAAAGAGAAAAGCCUCCGAACCCUCGGAAAUUCUGGAAAGGACAGAAAAAGUGGAUUCCCACUUGGACCCUGAAAGACAAAAACUUAAACUAGAGAAAACUAAAAUCAAAUCAAAGAAAGCCAAAACUUUGCAGGGCCACACCUCUCCAAUACCUGUACCGGAGCCAACGGACAAUGCUGAGACUUCUCAGGAGACCACGAGGAAAAAGAAAAAGAGGAGAAAGGAUGAGAGACCAGUUGAUUAUACAGAAAGUGAGCCGGAAGCAUCAGUGAAAAGUACACACAUAGUGUCUAGCCAGGAUUCGCAAGGGGAUCAUGAAAUCAUGAAAAUAAAGAAGAAGAAAAAGCAUAAAUUGCACAAGCACGAUAGCCAAGAGAGUGAAGAGAGCGAAUCUGCCAAUGGAGAUAAACAUAAAGCUCAGGAAAUAAACUGUGACUCUAUAUUUGUAUGGGACAGCCACAUCAAAGAUGGAUACAAGCGACUUCCAUCCAUUCCCUGUGCAAACAAGAAAGCCCAGCUGGCGUGGGACGGCACGGCGAAAUCUGGUGUCGUGGAACAGCUACUGAAGAACGCCACCAAUAAAGCCUACGGGACACAAGUGUUCAGUUGGGAUGGAGAAAAGUCCACUGUAAGUCAAGAUGCUGAGCGCGAUGCGGAGGACGCCAAACAUGACGUGGUUAUCGAUGAAUGGGACGAAGACUUUGAUAGUGGAAAGGUGAAGAAAAUCAAGUUCAAACAGGACAAGUUCAGAACUAAAAACAGUUUCCAGUACUUCCAGAACCGGCGCAACUUCUGGUCGGUUACCCCACAAGGAAACUUCUCCAGAUUUCCAUCCAGGUUCUGAGCACAACUUGAAAGGCCGCGUAUAAUGGACACAAUUUUUUUUUUGUAUUUUUCGGCCAGUCGGAGUUGUAAUAAAACCUAGACGUGUCGGGAGCUCUGUGAUGUGGUCCUAGCUCUGUCUGCAUUUUUAACGAAUUGUGGUUUGAUUGUCUAUUUCCUCGAUCAUUGAGGUCCUCAGGUUAAUCUCUAGCUGUCGGGGUAAGUGGACGUAUCUGGACAGUGUCACCUAUGCUGAUGAUGUAAGGAUUGACUGGUUGCUGAGAGUCACUCCAGAUUUCCCUUUUGGAGCAGUCAGAAGAGCAAUACAUGAAUUCUGGUGGUUUGGUUCUAAUGGGUUCCAUCCUUUAAAGUGGAAGGAAAGGCUAAACGAGAACAAGCUUUUUAAAAGUUGCCUCCCCAUUGCUCUGAUAUUUAAAGAGGGACUGCAGUCUGCUCACAUAAUCUGUAAUAAAAACAUCUUUGCCUUGGUCCGAUGCUACAUCUGUUCCCCGCUGCUUCAAAGACUGAGAACUGAGCGAUCAAAGACUGCUGAUCACUCAGUUCUCCACCUUCAGUGAGCAUAGAGCCUGUGACUAUCAGUCACCGGCUCUCUGCUCUGCUCCUCCAGCGCUCACUGGAGCUGGGCAAUGGAGGAGGCUGUAGUGGCUGGCUGAGCCUCUCGGUGGCACGCUGAGAGGCUGAGCCAGCUGCCCUUCCAGGCAUCUGGGUGGAUCCCAACAUUAAUUUUAGGAUCUCUCCAGAGUCUGGACCAGCUCUGUGACAUCCGCUUUAGUGAUCACUGAAACCCUGGACUGUGGAGGAGGCGGGAGCGGCUGGCUGGUGUGAAAUCUCCCCAGACUUGGGCUUCAGCGCUUUGGAUGGCGGAGAGAUGAUGUCAUGGUUUCGGUGAUAUUGUCGCCGUGCAGAGACCGACUCAUUGGAGCGACAUCACCUUUAAGAUUUAUUAGAAAAUUAUGAAUUGAAUAACGAAGCCAAUGGUGGAUCAACGUUUAAAAUGUGGGUUAUUGUUUUAUCCUUUUACUUUAACAGAUUGCUCCCCCUAUUUUAAAUACAUCCAGUUAAAUCUUUUUGAUAAGACAAAAAAAAAAAAAAAAAAACGGCGUGUGAUGACCCAACAACCCAUCAAAAAUGUUCUUUUAAUUUUUUUUAUUUUUUUAAUGGUAUGCUUAAACUGUUUAAGGCUUACAUCUCAUUGAUUGAUGUUGUCUGUUCAAUGGCUGGUUAAAAAGUUGAUUCAAUUAA